UUAACCAGUCUUCAUUUUCUGCUCAUACAUGACUUCACGAUCAACGUUUCACAAGUUGAGCAACUUCAAAUCGUGAAAUUUCCAGUCCCAGUCGGCAGACCAAGAUGACGGAAAGCUCCGCGAACAAGCUGCUAAACGGAGACGCCUGUCACCGGACCACAAAUGGUAGGAAAUCGACUAAAAAUGGCUUCGUGAAGAACCAUUGCCUGUUUCAACAGCAACAGAAGUAUCGUCGUCCCAGGGGGAAGAACCAAAAUGUCACACACAACUCCAGCCUGUACAAGAAGCCCUUUUUGGAAUCGUUUGAGGAGACUCCUCUACUGGUGGCCGUGCUCACCUACAUGGGCUACGGCAUCCUCACCAUCUUUGGCUACCUCCGAGACUUCCUUCGCAACUGGAACAUCGAGAACUGCCACGUGGCUCAGGAGCGAGAGGAGCAGAAGGAUUUUGUCCCCCUCUAUCAGGACUUUGAGAACUUUUACACCAGGAACUUGUACAUGAGGAUUCGAGACAACUGGAACCGACCCAUCUGUAGUGUCCCCGGUGCUAAGAUGGACCUAGUGGAGAGAGUUUCCCAUGACUACAAUUGGACCUUUGAGCACACAGGCAAAGUGGUGAAGAACGUCAUCAACAUGGGCUCAUACAACUACCUCGGCUUUGCUGAGAACACGGGGGCUUGUGCCGAUGCUGCUAUCGAGUCCACACGAAAGUAUGGCGUUGGAGUGGGCAGCACUCGCUGUGAGAUGGGGAACCUAGACAUCCAUGAGGAGCUGGAGCAGUUGGUUGCCAGGUUCCUGGGUGUUGAGUCAUCUAUGGCUUUUGGCAUGGGCUUCGCAACCAACUCCAUGAACAUUCCUGCUCUCACUGGGAAGGGUUGUCUUAUUCUGAGCGACGAGCUGAAUCACGCGUCACUGGUGCUGGGUGCCCGCCUGUCUGGCUCUACAAUUCGGGUCUACAAACACAACAACAUGCAAAGCCUGGAGAAGCUGCUGAGAGAUGCUAUUGUGCACGGACAGCCGAGAACCCACCGACCCUGGAAGAAAAUUCUCAUUGUGGUGGAGGGCAUAUACAGUAUGGAGGGGUCCAUUGUGCGUCUGCCAGAGGUCAUUGCUCUGAAGAAGCGCUACAAGGCGUAUCUGUACCUGGAUGAGGCCCACAGUAUCGGGGCCCUGGGACCUAAUGGUAGAGGAGUGGUGGACUACUUUGACCUGGAUCCAAAAGAUGUCGACAUCAUGAUGGGAACAUUCACCAAAAGCUUUGGUGCUGCCGGAGGAUACAUUGGAGGCAAAAAGGAGCUGAUCGACUACCUGCGGCGCCACUCCCAUAGCGCCCUGUACGCCACCUCCAUGUCCCCUCCUGUGGCCCAGCAGAUAAUCACCUCUAUGAAGAUCAUCAUGGGCGAGGACGGGACAACACUGGGUGCUGAACGCCUGAGACAGCUCUCAAAGAACACCAUCUACUUCCGCAGGAAACUCCACGACAUGGGCUUCAUCAUCUAUGGCAACGAUGACUCGCCCGUAGUACCCAUGAUGCUCUAUAUGCCUGCUAAAAUUGGGGCAUUUGGUCGGGAGAUGUUGAAGAGAAACAUAGGCACAGUGGUCGUCGGAUUCCCAGCAACACCCAUCAUCGAGUCGAGGGCACGUUUCUGCGUUUCGGCUGCCCAUACCAGAGAGAUGCUUGACACAGCGUUGGAGGCCAUCAGUGAAGUGGGCGACUUGCUGCAGCUGAAGUACUCCAGACGUGAACAGCCUCUACCCUCGCUUGGGUGGGUGGCUGAGGAGAGCCUGCUUCAGGACUGAGCCACAUCAUCCGCUUUCCUGUCAUAUCAAGCCUCUGGAUGAUAAUCAAUCACUUUCAUUCGCUUACUUUUCCUUUUCUUGGCUGAUAUCCCUUUUUGUUAUUUGUUAUUUUUUUUGUCGCUCUUCCUCUGAGCCAGUCUCUCCACCCCACUUCGCCAUAUCUCCUAUUACACUCCCUUGGACUCAAACCAAAGUCCACCCUGUUUUGAAACCUGCACACUGGCAUUACUCAUUAGCCUGGGUGCAGUCAGGACCUGUGCAGCUGGUUUCUCCCAUAGUAGGGGAAGACCAAAAUUACCCACAUUUCUGUAUGUGUCCGCUGUAACCAAUUGCAUUCAGAGCCUUUUUUAGUUUGUCCUAACUUAUUGUGAAUGCAUCGGUCUAACGUCAAGUCUUAUUCCUGUGUGCACAUUAUAUGUGUAUUUUUUGUUUUGUGCAAUAAUAACAAUGUGGACUUUUUUUGUAAUUCAAACAACCUAUUGCAAAGUAGACAGAUCUUUGUCAAGAGUUCCUACUUGUGUGCUUGAAGAAAAAGAAAUCUGAUCAUAGCCGUUUUGCUAUGAUGAACACACAAGGAAAAAAUUAAAUAUGUAAAUAUUAUUUAUCCCGAAGUUGGUGAUUGCCUUAGCAUCCCAAACCUCAAUAAGAGAUACAUUACUUCACAGGAGUAACAUUAGCAUGUUGACUCUAUAUGUAUUUAUCUGAAGGCUUGUUUUUCUAAUCACUUUUACUUGAAUAGAGUAUAGAAUAUUGGGUUCUUUCCCUAACCAAAGGAUAUACUGUAUAUGUAUAGAUAUGUUUUCUACCUUUUCUCUUAAAAUGUAAAGCAGAUGUUCCAAAAGAGUGAAAACAGAGCAGGGAAAGAAUCCCAGGGAGCAAGACGAAGGAAUAUUUUUUACAGCUUAUUUUCUAGAAAUAUAUUUCAGCCUUAUUUACUGUUUACACCUGCACUCAAAAACUUGAGCACAGUCUCUUUAACAUUUCUAUAAGCUAAUGAGCUACAUGUGAUUUAUUUUUAUUUUUCUUCUGCUAAGUCCUUCUCACUCAAGUGCUUUCAUGUGAAUCAGCGCCGACACAGAUCUGUGAGCACGAUGACACGCUGUAACUGAGAUCUGUAUGUAUGACGAUGAUGCUCCAGUGCUUAUCUGAUAUACAGACGGCUUUAUUUAAAAUGUCUUGGUCACCGCUCAGCUAUCUUCUUUUUGUGAAAAAAACUAUUAUCUGAAAGGCAGCUCCGUGUGUGUGUGUGUGUGUGUGUGUGUUUAACUUACACGUUUUAAAUUCAGUGCUAGCACUACUGACAGGCAUUGUAUAUGUACAGAUGACGUAGUGAAGAGUUGCAAGAUUUGUUUGGGUAUGCUUCAGAUAUCAUUCUCAUAAUUUACGUGGUCAUCUUCUGGAAUGACAUUCCAUUUCAACCUGCUUUCAGUGUCAAGUGUUUGUUUUGUUUUACUGUUUUCAUCAAGACUUUUGUGUGUGAGGUCACCACAAAAGUGGCAUACAUGUACGACGUACAUACAUACCUGUUCGUGUGUGUUUAUGUUCCAUCACUUAAUUGAUGUGAAUUGGAGGCCGCAUCAGUGUACCCAGUUGGAAAGCUGGCCAUUGUCUGACAAUGUGACCAUUCCCAUAAAUGUUCAUCAAAGUGAUUCAAGUGUUGAAAUGCUUCUGUUGGUGUGUUUGGCAUUUUAGUGCAGAAUGACAACCUUUGUGGGGUCUCUUAACUGUACAUCCAUUAGACUUCAAUUGCAUUGUUCUUUGAAUGAGUCAUUCCAAUAUUUGUUGUUUAUUUUCUACAGAACAUGGAUUGAAUAACAACUCAGUGAUGCUUUUAAUAAAUAUAAUAUACCAGGUGGAACACACGACUAUGAUCUGGAAUUGCACUCUUCAGCUCUGACAUGAAACAUUUUCUUCUCGUCAAAGUUUCCUCUCAAGCUGUCUGCAGCACCACGCAGUUUGUUAAGGCUCUACGUUUCUGUCUAUGGAGGCAAAAAUGUAAUUGCAAACAGCAACAUUACUUUCUCUCAGCCAGGUUUCCCUCACUGAAACUGAGGAAUUAAAGUCAAGAGAUUGUUAAAAUGUUUGAGUUGCUUGGAAGCCUUUGAUGUAAUGUGACAUUUCCUACCACACAUACUAUGUGACUGACCUGCAGUGACCAUUGCAACUUUCUUAGUAGUUGCUUUCACCCUUGUAAUUGUAUUUUGGUUGAAGAUAAACCACUAAAGAGGAGUUUGUAAAGCCAUGAUGUUUGUUGACCAUGCUGUUAAACAGUGCUGAUUAAAUGACUUUAUUUGUAUCAAAU